CCGGGAGCGCUGAAUCCAUGCGUGAAAUAACCUAAAAUUUGAAACCGAGGACUUGCCCACGUGCGUUGUAUUUGUGUGCAUAAUCGUUAACUAAUUUCCCUUUUCGCGGACAAUAUGUUACGGGCUUUCUAAUUGACACUAAAUAAGCAGAAAGGAGCGAGAAAGUAAAGAGGCGCCGAUAUGUCGUCCGCGAUGGACGAUACGGUGAAGCACAAGAGCCACAGGGACCGCAAUGCGGGCCGUAAGGCGGAGAAGAAGAAGGCCAAGAAGACGCACGUUCAGGAACUGUCGGACAAGCAGAAGAAUCCGAAAGCGUUCACCUUCCAUUCGGCGAUUAAAGCGGAGAGGAGGUUCAGGCGUAAGGAGGAUAUCGAAACCAAGAGGCAGCACAUACCUUUAGUCGACAGAACGCCCUUGGAGCCACCGCCGGUCUUGGUGGCUGUGGUAGGACCGCCGAAGGUGGGAAAGUCGCUGGUCAUUCAAUGCUUGAUCAAGAGCUACGUCAGACAGCCGUUGACCAACAUACUUGGCCCGGUCACCGUUGUGUCGGGCAAGAAGCGGAGGAUCACCUUCAUGGAGUGCAACAACGACGUCAACAGCAUGAUCGACAUCGCCAAGGUGGCGGACUUGGUGCUGCUGCUGGUGGACGCCUCCUUCGGAUUCGAGAUGGAGAUAUUUGAGUUUCUGAACAUAUGCCAGGUGCACGGUAUGCCCAGAAUUAUGGGGGUACUCACUCACCUGGAUCUGAUAAAGAACGCGAGGCACAUGAGGAAGACCAAGAAGACGUUGAAGCAUCGGUUCUGGACGGAGGUGUACGCCGGCGCGAAAUUGUUCUACCUCUCUGGAUUGCUGCACGACGAGUACCUCCGCACGGAGAUAAAGAAUCUGGCGCGAUUUAUAUCGGUCAUGAAAUUCAGGCCGUUGAAUUGGCGCACCACCCAUCCCUACAUACUCGCUGAUAGAUUGGAGGACUUGACGCCACCGGAAUUGAUCAGGAAGAAUCCGAAGGUUGACCGAAAUAUCAGUUUGUACGGAUACGUCAGAGGAAUACCUCUGAACAAGGAGACAUCCAUUCAUAUACCUGGCUGCGGAGACAUGAGGAUCAAGGAUGUGAACUUUCUGCCGGAUCCUUGUCCGCUACCGGAGCAUAUUAAGAAGCGAGCCCUAGUGGAGAAGGAACGGCUGAUUUAUGCACCGUUCUCCGGCGUCGGUGGCAUAGUUUACGACAAAGACGCCGUUUACGUGGAGUUGGGUGGCAGCCAUUCCUUCAAAGAAGAGGAUACAGGCUUAGCUGGCGCUUUAAUGGAUACGCAGGAGACGCUGGACCAGAAACUGCAGCACAGCGAGCUGAAACUGUUCAGCGACGCCGCGCCGAUUAAGUCGCAGGACGUGAACGAAAGUAUGGCUCCUUAUACGGGCGAAUUGGUGACAGAGAAUGGAAGAGUUCGACGAAAAGUAAUAUUUAAAGACGAAGUAGCUACGCAAAAUACCUUGAACAAGGAUAAUGGUGAUAAUCUAAUAAAACAUGAAGAUGAAGAUGACGAAGAUGACAGUGAUGACGAUAAUGACUACAAAAUGGAUGAAAAUGAUGACAGUGAUAACGAUAAUGAGUACAAAAUGGAUGAAAAUGACGAAAGUGAAUCGAGCGACGAGGAGACUUCGGAAAAAUCUAAUGAAAAGGGCGUUAAGAGGAAAAACACUGAGGAAGGCAAUGUAGAAAAGAAAAAGAAGAGGGACUCGAUUAAUUCAGCUAUCGAAAAUUAUGUAGAUGUCGAUGAAUCUGAAUUAACGAACAAUAAGAAGAUAGAUAUUCCUCAAGAAAAUGCAGGAGUGUAUCAUUCCUUGAGUAAAGAAUCAGAUAAAUUGAUAAAAAAUAAGAUCUCAGAAGCACUGAGUUUGUUGGAGGCAACAAAGAAACGUGAAAAGCGGGAAAUUGAUGACGAAAGCUUCGACGAGCUUAGCGACGAAGACUCGCGCGCGGGAUUAGAGAUGGAUGAUGCGGAUCGGAUCAGCGAUUUCGAAAACGAUGCUUCCGAAAAAGAAGACGAACAAGGAGAAGAUGAAGGAGAAGAGAAAGGAGACAUCAAGAUGGAUGAGAGCGAGGAGGAAGUCGCGGAUGAAUUUAAAUGGAGAAGGAAUUUAAUUGAGAAAGCGAGAGAAGCCUAUGUAAAUCGCGCGCAAAGCAACAAGAACUUAAUGAAGAUGGUUUACGGAGUAUUCGAUAAUAGUAACGUGAUGGAAGAGAAAGAGGACAAGGAGGAGGAGAAGCUCGGCGAGAAUAUCGGUGGAAUAUUCCGCGUGGUACAAGAGCAGCAGAAGCAGAAGGUACUUGAGCGACAAUUGCAGAAUCAGGAGGAGUCUGUUUUCUUCACGAUGGAGAGCCCACGCGAUUGGCUGGAAGAGGAGAACAAGGCAUUACUGAUCAAUCGUUUCGUGACGGGCAAGUGGAAGGAAUCGGAGGAUGCCGAGGAGCUUUUAAAGCUGGAUGACGAGGAUUUAUAUGGUGACUUCGAGGACCUAGAGACCGGGGAGAAGCAUAAAGCAGAGGACGCGGCUCCCAAGGAGUUGUCGGCAGACGAGACGGAGGAGCAGAAGAAGCUCUUGGAAAAGAAAAAGAAGUUGAAAGAGCAAUUCGACGCGGAGUAUGACAAUACGGAAAAGAAAACGUACUACGAUGAGCUGAAGGCCGAGGUAGAGAGACAGGCGGGCAUUAACAAGUCAGAGUUCGAAGGGCUGGACGACGAUAUUAGGGUCCAGCUGGAGGGCUACCGUCCUGGCAUGUACGUGCGCGUGGAAAUCGAGGCAGUGCCGUCCGAGCUGAUAACGCAUCUAGACCCGACGUAUCCGAUCAUCAUCGGCGGCCUGUUGCACGGCGAGGAGAACAUCGGCUACGUGCAGACGCGAAUCAAGAAGCACCGAUGGUAUUCAAGGAUCUUGAAGAGUCGCGACCCGCUUAUAUUCUCCAUAGGCUGGCGUAGAUUUCAGUCGCUGCCGAUUUACUCCAAACUGGAGGACAAUUUGCGUCACCGGAUGCUGAAAUACACGCCGGAGCACGUGGCGUGCAUGGGUCACUUUUGGGGCCCGAUCACUCCGCAGGGUACCGGAGUUCUGGCGGUGCAGGACGUCGCGAGCAGAGAACCGGGUUUCCGCAUCGCGGCGACCGGUGCGAUCGUGGAGUUGGACAAGAGCACGCAGGUGGUGAAGAAGCUCAAGCUCACCGGCGUGCCAAUGAAGAUCUACCGCAAGACCGCGUUCAUCAAGGACAUGUUCAACAGCGCGCUCGAGGUCGCCAAGUUCGAAGGUGCCCGAAUCAAGACGGUUUCGGGUAUUCGUGGUCAAAUCAAGAAGGCGAUUGCCAAGCCGGAAGGCUGCUUCCGCGCCACGUUCGAGGAUAAGAUAAUGCUGAGCGACAUAGUAUUUUGCAGGACGUGGUACAAGGUCGACGUGCCGCGCUUCUACAAUCCGGUGACAUCGCUGCUGUUGCCACCCGCGGAGAAGAAUCGAUGGCGCGGUAUGAAGACUACGGGUCAGCUGAAGCGAGAGAUGAAUAUUCACGCCGAACCCAACAAAGACUCUAUAUACACGCCGGUUGAGCGAGACGUCAAGGUAUUCAGGCCGCUGUUCAUCCCACGCAAGUUGCAAAAGGAGCUCCCGUACAGGGACAAGCCUAAACUCGAGCCCAUACCGCACUUGCGUAAGCCCAAAUUCAAGCAAGGCAGAGUCGCCGUAGUACGCGAGCCCCAAGAAGAGAAGAUCGCGCGUAUAAUGAAGAUGAUCAGAACGAAUUACACGCAAAAACAGAAACAGGCGAAGGAGGCCAUGACAAAGAGGAUAACGGCGUACCAGGCGAAAAUCGCAGAGGAGGAAGCCAAGAAGAUGAUGAAGCAAAAGCAGGUGAAGAAGGAUAUCUUUAGGGAUCUCAGUAAGCUGGAAAAGAAAAAGAAUCGGUGAGGUUUCUGAGACAGGAUAUGAAUAUAGAUUGAAAUAUCUUGAAAUUGAGAAACUGUACAUA